CGCACAUGGCAGGAUCCAGGCUUCAUAAACACGCCGCUGCCACUUCUUCAGUUCACUUUCCACUGAUCCCACAUCAGUGCAGCGGCUCAGAGAAGAUGGCACUGGCCGACACUGAGCGCGGAGUGUCCAACUGCGGCGACUCCUGCGCCCCUUUCUCAGAGAUCAUUGAGCUGAACGUCGGAGGACAGGUUUACGUGACCAGACACAAAACUCUGAUCGCCGUCCCAGACUCGCUCCUGUGGAACAUGUUCAGUAAGAAGUCCCCGAAGGAGUUGGCGAGAGACAGCAAAGGGCGCUUCUUCUUGGACAGAGACGGGUUCUUGUUCCGCUACAUCCUAGAUUAUCUCCGAGACCUUAACUUGGUGCUCCCGGACUAUUUCCCGGAAAAAAGUCGACUGCAGAGAGAGGCUGACUUUUUCCAGCUGCAGGAUCUUGCAAAACGUCUGAGCCCACGGAUGAGUAAGGACAAUUCGAUCAGUGAGGAGAUCAGCCAGAGUGACACCGAGGAGGGUGCGCAGCAGUGCGGCUCCUCCGGCGGCAUGGAGACUUUACGCACUAUGUCAGUGAGCGGAGCCAUGCGUUCUCCGUCUCUGGACUCUAGAAAGUCGGGCUAUAUCACGAUAGGAUACCGCGGCUCGUACACCAUUGGCAGAGACAUUCAGACCGACGCCAAAUUCAGGAGAGUGGCGCGCAUCACGGUCUGCGGCAAGACGUCUCUGGCCAAAGAAGUGUUUGGAGACACGUUGAAUGAAAGCAGAGACCCCGAUCGGCCCCCGGAGAGAUACACAUCCCGGUAUUACCUGAAGUAUAAUUUUCUAGAGCAGGCAUUUGACAAGCUGACAGAGGUGGGCUUCCACAUGGUGGCCUGCAGCUCCACGGGCACCUGCGCCUACACCAGCAAUGAUCCAAACGAGGACAAAAUUUGGACAAGCUACACUGAAUAUGUCUUCUGUCGGGAAUAACUCAAAAAUAAUGAUGUCGUGUUAAUGUAAAUAAACAUUUCAAACAAAUUUAGAGAGGAAUGUCUUUACGCAUAAGAGGGUUACAGCAAAACAUUGCCAUACAUUAUCCUAAGAAUAGCUGAAUAGUCUACAAGUGUUUGUGCGCCUGAGACACCAAAUGCUCCCCAAAAUAGAUCAUAGGUAAAUGAUUUUGACAGUAUGUGAAGAGUGCAAAUUGGAUGUUCAAAGCGUGCAGAGCAUUGCUGUAGUUUACACACAUCAAAACAGCAAACGCGUGGAAAACAGCAAAUGCCAUCACCUAUUACAUCUCAUAAAACUGCAUGUCAGUGUUUCAGUCAUUUCUGACUAAGUGCUGUGUGAACUGAGCAGAAUCCAAGAGGAAUCCGCCAACUAUUAAUAUUCAGUGUCAUUGUAACUUCUAGGCUUUCUUGAUCACUUGUUUGGGCAGGUUUUGUAUUAUUAUAAUAGGCUCAGAUAACAGUUUGAUGACUGACAUGAUUGUAAGUGUAUGUGUUUUCUUGGUAGACUUGUAUUUGUUAACCCUGUUCAGAUGAAAUAAACUCUUCUACUGCUAUGUUCUACA